UGUUCCAUACCUUUUGUUUUUCAUUUUUUUUAAGUAAUUCAGAUUACCGGCUGCGUGACUGGCACGUGAACGCACCACCAGAGUGGCUGUUCUUACACGACUUCACAUCGGACGCGUUCACUGUGACAUUGGAGACGCUGGACAGAGUCUGUACGUGAACCAUCAGUGGAGUUGUGAAGGAAAACACUCUACGUUCUAAAGCAGCGGACAGAGAACCAUAACAACAAACAACAAACAACAAACAAACAAACAAACAAACAGGAAGAACCUGCAGACUGGGAUCAGUUCCUUCAGAUCUAUUUCCCACUUUAGCUCCGUGCUGGACGGAUCUGCCUCAGAGGAUAUAUGUUCGGUAAAGGUGCGAAGCGGAAGCUGGACGAGGAUGAAGAGGGGCUGGAAGGCAAAACGCUGGAGGCGUCGGUGGCGGGCGGAACGCUGGGCCUCUGCCCCGAGGGCCUGUCCAAGGUGUCGUACACCCUGCAGCGCCAGACCAUCUUCAACAUCUCGCUGAUGAAGCUGUAUAGCCAGCGGCCGCUCGGCGAGCCCAGCCUGGAGCGUCGCGUCCUCAUCAACAACAUGCUGCGGCGCAUCCAGGACGAGCUCAAGCAGGAGGGCUCGCUGCGGCCACUCCUGCUGCCGCCGUCGCCGCCGCCCGACGACCCCAUGGACGAGGGGUUCCGCGAGGCCCCGCCUUCCUUUGGGGUUCUGUCGGCAGCGGCGGCACAGGUUUCCCAGCCCUCUGCGUUACUGAUGCCGGCGAUCGCUCCGCCGCCUUCGCCCCACCCGAUGGUGCCUCCCAACUGCCAGGCAUCGAGCGGCGCCGAGGCUUACCCCGCCCCCCUGGAGACCUGCCUCACUCCGGCCUCUUUACUGGAGGAGGACGGCGGGGAGUCCACGUUCUGCGCUCCUUCCCCACCCACUCCUCCUCUCUCUCCUCCCCCGGCGCAAACUCCCUCCUUACCUUUGGCCCUUCUCAGCCAGGCGUCCCUCAGGGUCCCUGCGCCGGCCUUGUCCAACGACGGUUUCCCCUCCACUCUGAGUGACAUAGAGUUGGCUCCUCCCACAGCCAUAACAAGGACAGCAGCAGCUAAUAUCACGACCGUGACUACCUCCCCUGCUCCCACGCCACUCACCCGGCCCCCCCUACCCAGAGACAGCAGGACCACCGGCGCUAAACCAGAAGCAGCUGGCGUCUCGCUGCGGCCGGGAGACACUCUGCCCACACUGCCCCCCGGUGGCCUAGUAGACAUUUCCUCCUCCCCUCCUUCCUCCACCUCCCCGUCGGGGUUCCUCUCGGACUUGGCACUGGACGACGUCCUGUUUGCCGACAUCGACACGUCCAUGUAUGACUUUGACCCGUGCACAACGGCGGGCACCGCGGGCGUGACAGCGGGCGGGGGCCUCGCCAAACUGCCGCCGGUGGUGACGACGGAUGACCUCCUCAAAUCGCUGGCGUCGCCGUACACCGGCUCCGCCCCCCAGGUUUCAGCCAAUCAGCCUUUCAAAAUCGACCUGACAGAACUGGACCACAUCAUGGAAGUGCUGGUGGGUUCGUGACUCGCCGCCGGGAAACCCACAGGCGAUGAAAUCCGGUAGAAAACACAGACUGGAACGAUGGAAUGGAAUGUCGUUCUUUUUAAUGUUUUAUUUUUUAAAAGAAAAAACUUUGUUCAAAGGUCGGUAAUUGUAAACAUCAAUUGUUGAUGUCACUUAGUACUACUUUUGACAACUACUACUACUAUAACACAAACACUGUGCAUGCACUGUGCUCGCCUUUUCCAAAAUAUGGAAAUGAAGUAACUGGGAAACAAAAAAGACACAAAACAUGUUUGUAUUUCUGUACUUGUGAGGACCUCCACUGACUCCGUUCAUUCCCUCCCGAAAAAAACGACAACCCUUAAUUUAAUCCACAUCUCAACCCCCCGCAAACCUAAGCCUUAACCCAACAGACGGAAACUGUACAUAGAGACACACACGAGGACGGACGUUCGUCCUCGAAUCUGUAGGAUUUUAUAGUCUUUGUAUCCUGGUGAGGACCUUUGACCUCUCACAGGUAGAGAAAUACAAGUUAACACACACACACACACACACACACUGAAUCCAUGGCUUUUAGCAGACGAGUGCCUUUUUAAAAUGACCACUUUUUUAAUUCCUGUUUUUUUGUUUUUACAGUAUUUUGUUUUCAGCCUAUAGCGAGGUCACUCCUCCUUUUCCGUGUUUUCUUUUCUUUUUAAAUUAUUAUGUUUAUCUGUUCAAAAACUAUUAAUUAUAACGUAAUUUCUCUCGAUCAAAUAAUAAUUAUUAUUUAAUCUUUUAUCUUUAUUGCAAAUGCUAUGUUUUUUGUUUUUAUUUAAGCAAGCAUAGAAAGGGUUUUUACAUGAAAUGUCAAUAGUUUUUACAAGUGUGCUACGUCACGUAUUAGCUCGGAUAUAAUGAUAUUACGUAUAAUUGCGCCCUGGUUUGUUUAUUUUUAAAGGUACAGUGUGUAAGAUUUUUUUACGGUUGCAGUACCGAAGUAGCCUUCAUUUUAGCGUCAAAAAUAUAGUUUUGUCCAAGUUUUUACAUGCUGUACCUUUUUAUUUUAUUUUUAAACGUAUUGUUUAUGAAUGAAUUCAGUUCAGGAUUUACUUGUUGUUUUUCUUUCGUCCCGUUCUCGUCGGCAGGCGUGUGUAACUGCGCUCGCUGCUCUUUUUACAUGAGCUCGCUUGUCAGCUGCAGCAGAAGAAGAAUUCAAAUGAGCUUCACCACACGUGUUUACAAAGGGGAGUCGGACUCGGGCGACGGGGAAAGAAGUCCAAACCGAAGCACAAUCUUUAGCCUCUGUAUAUGCGAUCAAGUCUCGAAAGCCGCCUGGAUUUAUUUUGAUUUUAUGGCUGUAGAAUUGUCCAAAAAAUGUUCAGUGAGUGAGUUCUUCUGCCCACUUUGUCCCCAAAAUAACUUUCACUUUCCAUAUCUGGCAGUUAUUCAACUAUUUAGGAAUUACGGUACUGAGAAGCUGACGUCACAAACGUGUGAUGCGCCGGUGAAUCCUGAGUAUCCGGUAUCCAUUCAUCCAUAUUCUACUGCAUUAUCCUCCACAUGAGGGUCACAGGGGGCGCUGUGCCAGUCUCAUUUGCCAUAGGGCAAAGGCAAGGUCACACCCUGGUUUUUGAAUUUUCUAGAUAUUGCGAACGGUCUCGGAGUUACAGUAAAAUGAGAAGUACGCAUGCCAGAUCCUUUCAUUGGUAGCAGAAAGGUUAAAUCCCAAUACAGAACAGGGAGGAAUUGUAUCAUCAAUACGACGUCGUAUUUGUAAGAAUUGGACAUUUACUUCAUUCAGCACGGACUUAGCUUCAUACAGUGUUACACACGCCCUGUAAAAUGCAGAGAAUGUUUACCUUAUGCCAAAAAGUCAAAGUUUGCAACCGUGAAGACAAAUUUAAACAUUUCAGCUGCAGGAAUAUUUGUCUGUUCUUGAGUAAGUGAGUAAACACAACCCCGGAGCUAACGCUACAGCUAACUAAACUUUACUCACGUAAUAUGUUUAGGCAUCAAUUUUCAGACAUUUUAUGGACCAAAAUGAUCGCAAAAUACUCGUCAGUUGCAGCACUAAAAAUAACCAAAAUCACUACAUUUUUUUUUCCCUUCCCUCCAGUUUGGUUAGCCACCUGUUUACAAAGACGUGGGUUAGCAUUUGUGCUAAAAUCUAAACCUUCUAAGAUACUUAUUUUAAAUGUUAGCUCCAGGCGUCAAGUUACGGAUAAAAUCGUAUUUCUUUACGGGCUUUCUAAAUUGCGUUUGUUGACUUUUUGUGCCACAUGGGGGCAGCACCAGAGCAAUCUCGACCGCAGUGUCUAGAUUGCUAAUUCACCAUCGUUGAUGUCUUGUAAGAGCAUUUUAUCGCAAUUGUUUCUGUCCCUUUUUACUAGAUUUCAAAUUCUUGCGGUUACCGUAUUUUCUUCGUAAAGGACCGAAAAUAUUUGCAGAUGGACUUAACAA